GAAAAAAGAAAGAAAGGAAGAAAGAAAGAAAGAAAGGCGAAAGAGCGAUCAAACGCGUUGUUAAAGGAUCGCGAACUGCUCGCUCGAUCCGACGUACGCUCGGAAGAUCUCUAUUAAACGAGAAAGCAACGGAAUAAAGAGCGUUGUCAGAAACCCUUUUCAAAUAUCAUUCUAGCCUAGUCCUAAAUUCCUCCCUAUUGUUCGCCCCUACCUUCGUUAGGUAAAUUAGAAAACCGAGAGGGGGAGGGAAGAUUUUUCUUCGAAGCUGCUCGGCUCAAUUGGGCUCAAUUCCAUUUCCCUCGUUCAAAUACUCAGCUCGCGUAUAAUAAAUCUUCCAACUCUUUGAGAAGAAUUAAUAAAGGAAGAGAGACGUCGUCGAAAAACGUCGGUUUACACGUAUAUUUCCACUUCCCUCCCUCAUCCCCCAUUUCCGUUUCAACGGGAUCAAUUCAAAGGAGUUUGUAAUUAAUCUCGAAGAUCGACGGGCUCGAUCUCUGCGAUCGUUCGUUGCAAUCUCGAAGAUCGCGCGUGAAACGUAAACGUAACGCGUAGAUAAUGCUGGGAGGUUUCCUCUCGCGUGGGAAACUUGGCAGAAAAUUUGGAAAAACGGGAAAAAAGGGGAGGGAAAGAGGCGGAGGCGGAGAGAUGGUGGUGCAGAAGCGGCGCCCUUUUUCCUCCUGCCGAGUGCAACGAACAGAAGCUGCGCCGUUGGGGCGGCGUUGAAAACGCGCAGCCACCCUCGACCCUCGGCCGGUGCAUGCGCAAUGGCGUAUCGAUCCCGGAGAAUCCGAGAUGCACGUAACAUCAUCCAGUGGUCCAUUGGCUGUUUACAGAAUACCAUUUCUCCGUUCGGACGCCGCGCCGUUUCUCGACCAUCGCCGACGUUUCAACCAACGAAACGACGGGACGACGCGUCACAGUGAUGCGAGACCGUCGCGUUCCCGAUCGCCGACCGACCACACGAAUCGUCAACGUUUCGAGGGGAUCGAAUCGGGGAAGCGGUUCGUUAUGAAACACGUCGGCAGACACGAGAUCGACUCUCGUGAGGGGAAGAGCACUCGAGGAGAUUGAACGGAAGAUGCCGAUCGGAUCAGAAUCCGGAAACUAGCUACGCUACCAUUUAAAAUGAUACUUCAGGCGAUCAUCUUGAUCCUCUCCGCAAGGAUAUGCCACGGCAAUCCGGACGCGAAGAGGCUGUACGACGAUUUGCUGUCGAAUUACAAUCGGCUGAUACGCCCCGUUUCGAAUAACAACGAGACCGUGGUCGUUAAACUAGGACUUCGCCUGUCCCAACUGAUCGAUCUCAACUUGAAGGAUCAAAUUCUCACGACAAACGUUUGGCUCGAGCACGAAUGGCAGGAUCACAAGUUUCAGUGGGAUCCGGCAGAGUACGGAGGUGUCACCGAACUCUACGUACCAAGCGAGCACAUAUGGCUUCCCGACAUUGUCCUCUACAAUAACGCGGACGGGGAGUACGGAGUCACCACGAUGACCAAAGCUAUCCUACAUUACACGGGGAAGGUACUAUGGACACCUCCAGCUAUCUUCAAAUCCUCGUGCGAGAUAGACGUUCGAUAUUUUCCGUUCGAUCAACAAACUUGCUUCAUGAAGUUCGGUUCGUGGACUUACGACGGUAUUCAGAUCGACUUGAAACACAUCAAUCAAAACACGGGAGACAAAGUCGAGAUCGGGAUCGAUCUUCGCGAGUACUACCCUAGCGUCGAGUGGGACAUACUGGGGGUUCCAGCUGAACGGCACAAGAAAUACUACCCGUGUUGCGACGAGCCCUAUCCCGACAUCUUCUUCAACAUCACCCUGCGCCGAAAAACGCUGUUCUACACGGUGAAUUUGAUCGUCCCGUGCGUGAGCAUCUCGUAUUUAUCGGUGCUCGCGUUCUACUUGCCCGCCGACUCCGGCGAGAAAAUCGCCCUCUGCAUCAACAUCCUACUAUCCCAAACGAUGUUCUUCCUCUUAAUAUCGGAGAUCAUACCAUCCACCUCCUUGGCGCUGCCUCUGCUCGGCAAAUACCUGCUGUUCACCAUGAUCCUCGUCGGCCUCUCGGUGGUCAUAACGAUCGUUAUAUUAAACGUUCAUUACCGAAAGCCGAGCACCCAUAAAAUGGCCCCUUGGGUGAGGAAGAUCUUCAUAAGGAGAUUACCGAAACUUCUUUUAAUGAGGGUGCCCGACGAUCUGUUGAACGAUCUUGCCGCCCAUAAAAUGCACGGCAGAGGGAGAUCCGGGAAAAAGAGCAAAUUCAACGCCGCUGUCGCUGCCGCCGUGCAAUCGUCCUCGAUAGUCUCGUCCCCCGAUUCCGCGCGUCAUCAACGAAUCGGCGGAUGCAACGGACUGCACACGACAACCGCGCAUAACAGAUUCUUGGGGGGGAUCGGUGGAUACAACGGACUUCCCACGGUGAUGUCCGGGUUGGACGAGUCCCUGAGCGACGUGACGCCCAGGAAAAAAUAUCCUUUCGAGCUCGAGAAGGCUUUGCACAACGUGAUGUUCAUUCAACACCACAUACAACGGCAAGACGAGUUCAACGCGGAAGAUCAGGAUUGGGGUUUCGUAGCGAUGGUUCUCGACAGACUUUUCCUCUGGAUCUUCACUAUAGCUUCGAUCGUUGGCACGUUCAUCAUUCUCUGCGAGGCACCGGCCCUUCGCGACAACACCAAACCGAUCGACAUGGAGUAUUCCUCCGUGGCCCAGCAACAAUUCCUUCCUCACGAUGAUUUUUUGGAAACUCUCGUGUAGAGAAGUGUAGUAGAGAAAGGAUGCCGAUAUAUCUCUUAUUAAAAACUUUAUCAUAGUACAAUUUCGCGUCAAUCAAAGAUUUUUUCCUUCACUUUCUUGUUUCUCAACUCGUCGCGAGACGCAUUUGUCCAACCGCGAAUCAAUCACCCUUGGCUGCAUACUUUACAUACAGUUUUAUUAGAAGAUGUAAGAUUUUCGAUAUCUAAAAAUGUCUAAAAGUACUCGACCGUAUAUAGUACUUACGCGCACACGACGAUUAAGUGCUCUUGAAUCAACAAUAAACGUGUUAACCGUUCAGCUAAACAAAAAAAUAAAAAAAUAAAGAAAAAGAAAAAAAAAGGUUGCAAUAUUACUUGUAGAAAUUUUGUAUCGAUUUUGAAUCGUAGAACGUACAAAACGGAGUAUCAAUUGCCCAUCAAAGUCUAUAAUAAGUACGUAUAUAGGGAGAAACAUUUUCUGCUCGAAUCGAUAUCUUCCCGAUGAGCGAUCAAGGAAAUUGUUAUAUAGCGUAUACAUAAUUUUUUCAACUAUUAAAAAAUAUAAAAUCAAUCUUUUUCAUUAAACGUUUUCAAGAAAACGAAAUAUAUAUAUAUAUUCGGACUCGUUCGAUAUCUUGUAUGACUAUAAAAAUUAAAUAAACGACAAUUAUAAUGCA